GCGAACUUAAGCGUCAGUUCCAUAAUGGCUGAAGAUCCUGGAGGAGCUUUCUUUAAUUUCACCCUUAUUUUUAUCGGUUUUUCGUUACCUCUGCUGGAAAGAUGGCAGGGCACACAGCCUCGAUAAAAGGCCACAGACCCCCGCUCUCGUCAUGCCCAAGAAAGGGAACCGAAAACGGCUGAAAUUUAAAGCCGAGGAUGUUUGCUCGGAGUCAGUAACUGUGGCUGACUAUGCCAACGCCGAUCCAGCCAUCGUGAAGUCCGGACGAGUUAAAAAGGCUGUUGUUAAUGCAAUUGAAAAAGAAGUGAAAUUACUCUGUGGACUCGAGGCAUCUCAGGGUCCUGUGCAGGAAGUGCUCUCGUCUGCAGUCGGUGUGAGGAACACAGCCCAUGAGAGCAGUGACGAACUGGACUCAGAGGAAGGGGAUGAAAUCAAAGGGUCCCGCAAAAAGAAAAAUAAAAGACGCAAAGAAAACAGUGAAAGCAUAGCCGGAGAGGAGUAUCCCAUUGAUAUUUGGCUUGUGCUUGCUGCAUACAUUCGGCCAGAAGACGUCUGCAGAUUCUCUUUGAUCUGCAAGAACGCUUGGACUGCCACAUGCACAGCUGCAUUUUGGACACGACUCUACAAAAGGCACUAUAAUCUUGAUGCAGAACUCCCUGAUCGCCUUCAGCCUGAUUCUAUCGCAAGGAUGCAUUGUCUUCGUGCCCGUGUGAUUCGCUCGCUUUUUCACUUAUAUGAGCCCUUUAGCUCACGGGUGUCCAGAAGCCCUCCUCUUCCUGAAUCUACUCCUACUACACUCCUCAAUUCCAAGUGUUUGUUGUUUUGGAUCAACAAAGUGUCUGGAAGUAGGUCAGAGCCGAUGUGGGAAUUCAACUUCAAGUUUGUAAAACUGCCAACCAAGGGCAAAAAUGGAUGUAGUUUGGGUCUUCAGCUGCCCAAGCAGUAUAAAGAUGUUCACACUAAUCCAGACUCAGACUGUUAUCUACUGCGGGUCACUACCCUCAAUUUCAUUUUUACUUCUGUUGUGAUGGGCAUGACGUUAACUUUGUUCACCAUUAAUGUGAGCACAGACAUGAGGCACCACCGAGUGCGCCUGGAGUUCCAAGACUCGCCAGUCAUUCGAGGAAAGAAACUUAGGGGUGAGCAGGGGGUGCAGGUAGUGCUGGACCCUGUCCACAGCGUGCGCCUCAUGGACUGGUGGCACCCUCAGUACCCCACAUCUUCAUAUAAUUAGACUGAUGAACUCCAUCAACCUCCUCAAUUACAAAAAUAUUGCAGAAGACAAUUCAGGCCUGUUUCAACCAUUUUAAAUUCCUGAGUUGGCUUGGCAGUCACUAAUUUCUGUUGAAUUUUACGCUCUACACUUAUCGUGCUGCUUUUAUGGACACUUUAGUUUGAUCAGAAUCCUAACUCAAGGUCUCAAGACAUUGUAGGAGGAAAUUGCCUUUAAUAGUUCAGGUAGCUGCCAUAUUUAAUUUGACAUAAUUGAAAACAAUGUGGGAUAUGCCAUACUGUCAUUUUCAACCUGUGUUUUUCUGGAGGGUUUUUUUUUCCUUCCACUUCCAGUGAUCAAAUUCCAAGUACACAACCAUACUUUCUGAACAGACUGUGCUUGCCUCUCUCAGUUUUCAUGUAUGGCAAAAAAAAAAAAAAAAAAAAGUCAUGACUUCUACAUCAGAAGUACAUGGCAUGGUUUUCUUUCCUUUGAGAAUAAUUAGGAAAUUCCACAUCAAAUAAUCAUAACAUUUGCAUUACUGCAGGACUCUAAUCUUAAAUCAUGUGAUUUAAUAGUUAGUUGUUUUUGUUUUUCUUCUAUUGCAUACCCAAGAUUCACCUGAACCUGAUUUUUCUCACUCGUUCUCUGCAAAUUUGUGAAUCGGUAAACUGGAUGAACAUUCAAAUCUAUGACCAAAAAAAAUAAAAAUCUUUCAAGGCUGGUCAGUUAUGGAUAGGUGUAGGUUAACCCAUUUUGAAUAACUUUUAGAUUGGUGUUAGAUUUAGGGACGGAAAGUUGGAGUUUCACAUAUUCAGUGCUUUCUUUGGGGCCAUUAUGAGUUCAGCUUUGCUACUGUGCAUGAUUGCCUAGUUAAAAGUGCUUCUAAUUGACUGCAUUGGUGAGGGAGUUUCUAUGUGUUGUAGGUAUUAAAACCUCUUAGUUAAGAGAAUGAUAUUGUUUGUGAUUAAAGAGAAGUUAUUAAACCUAUAGACAACCAAAGUUAAAAUGUAUUUUCUUAUUGUAAUCAAAUACAGAAGUUUGUGAAGUAAAUUGUUUUUUUUUUUUUUUUUUUUUUUAAGCUUUGGAGCAUUUUGUUUUAGACUGGAAAGUUGCAUCAGAAGGCACUGAUGUUUUGGGCUAUUAAAUAAGAUAAUCUGUAA